GCCGUGGAGUCCGGAGGAGGAUGAGAUUACAAAAGCUUCUUGACAGCUGGAUGUUGCUACCCAAUGAUUUUUGCAGCCUCUGACAGCCCAAACAGCACCUCAGAGCGACUGUCAAUGACUGGUAAAAAGUAGUUGAGACACCAUGAUGGAUAACCGUUUUGCCACUGCCCUGGUGAUUGCCUGUGUCCUCAGCCUUAUCUCCACCAUCUAUUUGGCUGCUUCAAUUGGCACAGAUUUCUGGUUUGAGUACCGUAACCCAUCACCACCUGAAAAUAACAGUGAAAGUAAGGCUACUUGGGAUGAACUCUUUGGUGAAAAUGCAGAUGAAAACUCUUAUACAGAAGCUCUCUUUCGGUGGAAUGGCACCAUUGGACUUUGGCGAAGGUGUAUCACAAUGUCUGAAAACUAUUACUUUUACAACUCACCAGGUGAGAUGGUCACAAAGUGUGUCAGUUUUUCCCUCUCAGAUCAAUUCAUGGAAAAAUAUAAGGAUCCUGGGAAUCAUAAUAGCGGCAGUGACCUAAACCGGACCUAUCUUUGGCGUUUGCAGUUCCUUCUGCCCUUUGUCAGCCUAGGACUCAUGUGUUUUGGGGCCCUUAUUGGGGUCUGUGCAUGUGCCUGUCGCAGCCUUUAUCCUGCCAUUGCUACAGGAGUCCUUCACUUCCUAGCAGGUUUGUGCACACUGGGUUCAGUUGGCUGCUAUGUAGCUGGAAUUGAGCUGCUCCACAAGAAGCUUCCCCCUCCUCCUGUGCAAGGCCAGUUUGGCUGGUCCUUCUGUUUGGCCUGCGUCGCGGCACCUUUGCAGUUCAUGGCUGCUGCCCUUUUCAUCUGGGCUGCACGUACUAACAGAAAGGAAUUUACACUCUUGAAAGCAUACCGUGUGGCAUAAUGAGAUUUUAAUCUCUUCCCAAGUCUGUUUCUGUAGUAAGACUUCUUUUUUACCCCAUUAACCUCCUUACUCAUCCUUUUUAUUAGCCAUAUACCUGUUCCACAGAAUUCAUGCUUCUUGCCACUUGAGGUGAAACAGCCUCUGAUUUAAAAGUUAAAGCACUUUAGAGGCUAAAUUAUCAGGAACAGCUUUUUCUUGCCAGAAAUUUGCAGGAUUUAAACAAGUUUCUUUAAUUAUUAUUUUGAUGCAUGUAUUUGUUACUCCCAACAUACUAAAAUGUUUCCCUCUAAACCUGCAAAAACAAUUAAAAUAUAGUGUAGUAGGAGCAAGAUCUUGUUAACACUAAUUUUGGCAGUGUUUGUAUUAUGACUCAUUGGGAGAUAACAAAUGCAAACUUUUCAGCCAUGUAGCUGUGGAACUUUUUUUAGUUUUGUUAUCAUCCUCCUUACAUCUGCCUCUGUGUCCUCUUCAACCUGAUGGUUAUAAAAUGGUUAGUAGCCAUGGGCUUUUCAAAUCUGUGAAAUGAAGUCAAGAUAGUAGUGUUUCUCUCUCUCUCUCUCUCUCUCUCUCUCUCUCUCUCUCUCUCUCUCUCGUAAUAGGAGUAUCCAUUACAAGGUUUACCUUUGACUAAUAUAUGCCUGUAUAUAACUCUUAACUUUUAAAACCUUUUAUUUAUGCAAUGCAAUACAUUUUUGUAUAAGUAUUACUUACGUCACGUAGACAAAAACUUUUGUUGAAAAAAUAAAUCUGAACAAAAGCUCUUGUAU